AUGUCUCAAUCAGCUCCUCGACGAGUUCCGUCCAUCGUGGAGAUAUCUCAUCUUAUUUUCGACAGUAGGAUAUCAGCCGCCCAAAGCGCCGAGGCCAACCAGGAAACCGACCAAAAGCCCGAGGACUACCAGGAUUGGAAGCCUCACUUGGAAGCAAGCUACCUUAAGAUCUUCAAGAAAAUUGACGAAGAACGAGGCUUCUUCUACGAGGGAUUCAAGCAAGUUGCGCCGGCAGCAAUAACCACCUGCCCACAGAACGAAUCCGAAUGGGUUGCCUGCUGGACCGCAUUUCGGGAGCUGUGUAGCGAGUAUUUCAAGCCACGCUUGGAAGAGGAAUGGAACGCAUCCGAAUGGGUUGCCUGCUGGACCGCAUUUUGGGAGCUGUGUAGCGAGUAUUUCAAGCCACGCUUGGAAGAGCAAAAGGAACCUUCAGGAAUGAAAGCACUGCUAGCGAAAUGGUGCUCUGGAAGGAAAGCACUGCUGGCGAAAUGGUGCGAAAUGGAGAACGAGAACCAAAUGCGAGAGGGCCUUAAGCCAAAACGACCCCAGGAAAUGCGGCGCGACUUGUUCAUCGACACAAUCAAGAAGGCCUUCGAGAAAAAGCUGUUUGAGUGGGGUUGUCUAUCAUGGCUGUUUGACGAAUACAUAUUCUUCACUCUUCCCCGGAGUAAGGACUUGCAGUACCGAAUUGCGUUCCACGAGGACAAUCUCUAUGAAACCGCAGACUACGCUUUCGACGCCCCGGAUGAUGGUUUGCCUCCAGCAGCAAAAGUGUGGUUAGCACCAGCAGACGGAGACCAUAGUCAGAACACGCAUGACAGGAUGAUAUUUGAUCGAGAUAUAUUUGCGCUCAAGAAGAUCAAUGGGCCUUCGGAUAGUACCUUGUUUGGUCUCCAGCUUGGCUACAUUGAGGUGCGGCCUACUGACGACAACGUCUUCUCACCCACCAAGGACAGCGAAGAAGUUCAUACCGAGUGGAGUCCUACUGGAAUCAUCGUCUUCCUCAAGAUAAAUCCUGAUACGACCAAGUCAGAUGGACUCUUCUGUAUCGACCUUUCUGCCAUAUGCGACUACAAGGAGGGGGGUGACAAUACACGGGCAAUGCUAGGUCUAUGCGAGCCAAGGGAUGAAAGUGAUGGCCAUAAUACUGGUGCUGGCUUGCCUCACGACCAUGAGGAGGGACAUGUAGGCACGUACAAGGCCUAUCGGGUGUUUACGGAUGAUGAGCGUAUUUGGGUAGAGGAGCAAUAG